AUGUCCAGCAGCAAGGCCGAGGGCCGCCGCGAGGACGCGCUCGUCAAGCAGCGCGAGCGCAUGCGCAGUGACUUCGAGCGCCAGAAGCAAAACCUUAUCAACGAGACCGAGAAGGCGCGCCCCUCGGUGCAGCGCUUCGUCGGGCAGAAUGACUCCAUCGAGGAGGUGCUGAAGCACUCGACCGUCGGCCUCGUCCACCUCGAGGACUUUCAGCAGAAGAAGAAGGAGCUGCAGGAGGCGAAGGCGCGCGAGGCGGCGCGGUCGAGCGAGCUCAAGUAUGCAUCCAAUUGUGCGCGUGCGGGGCCGGAUGAGACGAAGAAGUCCAAGAAGCGAAAGAAGGCUACCAAAUCGACGCUCUCAUUUGCUAUGGAUGACGAGGAAGAGGGGGAGGGUGCAGACGCUCAAGUGAAGGAUGGGUCCGAGGAGCCUGCCCCGAAGAAGGGAAAAUUCCGCAAGAACCCCAACGUCGAUACGUCCUUCCUACCCGACCGCGAUCGCGAAGAGGAGGAACGCCGAGAGCGAGAGCGCCUCCGGAGAGAAUGGCUGGAGAAGCAGGUGCAGCUGAAGCAGGAAGACAUCGAGAUCACCUACUCGUACUGGGACGGCAGUGGACAUCGUAAGAGCGUCGUUUGCAAGAAGGGCGACUCUAUCAGUACCUUCCUCGAGAAGUGCCGACAGCAGUUCCCCGAGUUGCGCGCUGUCAGCGUCGACAAUCUCAUGUAUGUGAAGGAAGACCUGAUUAUACCUCAUCAUCACACUUUCUACGACUUCAUCGUCAACAAGGCCCGCGGCAAGUCCGGCCCUCUGUUCAACUUUGACGUCCACGACGAUGUACGGCUGCUCGCCGACGCCACGAAGGAGAAGGACGAGUCGCACGCGGGUAAGGUUGUCGAGCGUAGCUGGUAUCAGCGCAACAAGCACAUCUUUCCGGCGUCCAGGUGGGAGGUCUUCGACCCGGAGAAGAGCUACGGCAAGUACACGAUAUCUGGCGUGUAAUUGGGAAUCGCUGGCCAGAUGUCUGCUACAGACUUUGGAUACCGCUGUCGUUAGUCGCUCUGAUCUAGCGCAAUGAAUUGCAAUUCUUGGUAUUC